UAGCGGACGGCGCCAGUCGGGGCGGGGGAGUGAGUGACAGUUCGGGAAGUGGCGGCGGCGGCUGUCUCUCGGGGCUGGUUACCAGGGGCCCCGCAGAGGUGAGGCAAGUAGCCCAGGAGAGGCGGUCGCCACCUCGCAGUGUAUCCUCCGUCCCUUGCCCGGUGUAUCUUCCCUCCCUUCCUUCUCUACUUCCACUCCCGGGUAAACAAACCCGGGGCCUCUGCCUCCUCGGAACAACCACCGCCACCAAGCCUCUCUCAAGGGGCUGCUGGAGUCCCGCGAGGCCAUUGCGCCCUUGAGCCGGUGACCGGGGCCGCCUCCAAGCAGUCCCUCCCAGUCCUGGUCUUCCUCCGUGACGAGAGGGUUAAAAGGCCAGGGGCGGCCUUAAUCGACUGGCAGGCAGUUGGGGUAAAUAGAACCGCCGCGGGGUUUUAAAAAAGCCUGGCCACGGGGUGUUUUCUCCGUGUCGGAAUCUCCACCGUGGAUUUCGCCUUGCUCCUUCAUAUGCUGCACCGGGGAGAGAAAAGUCCGGCGGGGAUCCGAGGCUAGAGGUGCCGCAUCCCAGAUCCGAUGUGCGAAGCAGACACCGUCCUGGUGUCCCUGCAGUCAGUCCUAAUUUUACAAUCAUGGAGCAUCUGUGACCCUGGUAGGAGCCCAGCUCAGUGAUACCAUGGCUCACUUCGAUACAGAAUACCAGCGGCUGGAGGCUUCGUACAAUGACUCUCCCCCUGGAGAAGAGGAUUUAAUGGUGCAUGUUCCUGAGGGUGGCAAAUCUCCUUGGCAUCACAUUGAGAAUCUGGAUCUCUUUUUCUCUCGUGUCUAUAACCUUCAUCAAAAGAAUGGCUUCACCUGCAUGCUCAUCAGUGAGAUCUUUGAGUUAAUGCAGUUCAUCUUUGUUGUGGCCUUCACAACAUUCCUCAUCAGCUGUGUUGACUAUGACAUCCUAUUUGCCAACAAGCUGGUGAAUCACAGCCAGCAUUCCAGUGACCCAGUUAAGGUGACCCUGCCAGAUGCCUUCUUACCUCCCAGUGAGUGCAGUGCCAGGAUUCAGACCAAUGGCUUUCUGCUGUCUAUCCUGGUGAUCGCAGGGGUUUUCUGGAUCCAUCGACUAAUUAAGUUCAUCUACAACAUUUGCUGCUACUGGGAGAUCCACUCUUUUUACAUCAAUGCUCUCAAGAUUCCUAUGUCCAAUUUGCCCUACUACACAUGGCAGGAGGUACAGGCACGGAUUGUGCAAAUCCAGAAGGAACAUCAGAUCUGCAUCCACAAGAAGGAGCUCACAGAGCUGGAUAUCUACCACCGCAUCCUGCGUUUCAAGAACUACAUGGUCGCGAUGGUGAACAAGUCACUGCUUCCUGUGCGCUUCCACCUGCCCCUACUGGGUGAUACAGUCUUUUACACACGGGGCCUCAAAUACAACUUUGAACUGAUCUUCUUUUGGGGCCCUGGUUCACUCUUUGAGAAUGAGUGGAGUCUCAAGACUGAGUACAAACGGGGCAGCAACCGCCUGGAACUAGCAGAGAAGCUGGGCACUCGCAUCCUGUGGAUUGGUAUUGCUAACUUCCUGCUGUGCCCCCUUAUCCUCAUCUGGCAGAUCCUCUACGCUUUCUUCAGCUACACUGAGAUUCUCAAGCGAGAGCCUGGCAGCCUGGGCGCCCGCUGCUGGUCCCUCUACGGCCGCUGCUACCUUCGGCACUUCAAUGAGCUGGACCAUGAGCUGCAUUCACGCCUCAGCAAGGGCUACAAGCCAGCUUCUAAGUAUAUGAACUGUUUCAUUUCGCCCCUAUUCACUAUUGUGGCCAAGAACAUAGCCUUCUUUGCUGGCUCCAUCCUUGCUGUCCUCAUUGCUCUGACAAUUUAUGACGAGGAUGUGCUUGCUGUGGAGCACGUGCUCACUACAGUCACACUUCUGGGUGUGGCUGUUACAGUCUGCAGAUCUUUCAUCCCAGACCAGCACUUGGUAUUUUGCCCAGAGCAGCUGCUUCGUGUUAUUCUGGCACAUAUCCACUACAUGCCUGACCACUGGCAGGGCAAUGCUCACCGAUAUGAGACCCGAGAUGAGUUUGCACAGCUCUUCCAGUACAAAGCGGUGUUCAUUCUGGAAGAGCUGCUCAGCCCGAUUGUGACUCCUUUGAUCCUCAUCUUCUGUCUGAGGCCCAAAUCUCUGGAAAUCAUUGACUUCUUCCGCAACUUCACCGUGGAGGUGGUGGGUGUAGGGGACACUUGCUCCUUUGCCCAGAUGGAUGUGCGACAACAUGGACACCCUGCAUGGAUGUCAGCUGGGAAGACAGAAGCUUCCAUUUACCAGCAGGCUGAGGAUGGCAAGACAGAACUAUCCCUCAUGCAUUUUGCCAUUACCAACCCACACUGGCAACCACCACGUGAGAGCACGGCCUUCAUUGGCUUGCUUAAGGAACGGGUGCACCGGGACAGCAGCUUGGCAUUGGCCCAACAGGGUGUCCUUCCUGACAACGCAUUCUUCACUUCCAUCCAAUCUCUGCAGUCGGAAUCAGAGCCACACAGCCUGAUUGCCAAUGUGAUUGCAGGCUCCUCGGUUCUGGGUUACCAAGCACAGGCCUCAAGGCAUCUCUCUGCUGUGUCUGAGGUGGCAUCUGCUAUGUAUUCUUUCUCUCCUCUCCAGUCUGCUCAGCCAACACGUGGGAAUUCCCAGGCCGAUGGGCCUCAUCUCCGAGGCCCUGGCACAAUGACAGGCUCUGGGGCUGACGCACGAACAGCUAGUUCCGGCAGCAGUGCCUGGGAGGGUCAGCUCCAGAGCCUGAUCCUUUCUGAGUAUGCCUCUACAGAGAUGAGUCUGCAUGCACUCUACAUGCAUGAGUUGCAUAAGCAGCAUGCCCAGUUGGAUCUUGACCGGCACUUGUGGCAUAGGCGGGAAAGCGAUGAGAGUGGUGAAAGUGCCCAGGAGGAGUCCGAGGCUCAUCGGGGCACUCCAAGCAGCACAAUUCCUCGGUCUGCCAGCUAUCCUUUUGCCUCACCUCGCCAGACUGGAGAGGAGACUGCGGCUCUACAGACAAGUUUUCAGCGCCGGUACGGUGGUGUCUCAGACCCUGGUAUGAUGCACAGGGCCCCAUCACACUUUGCUCGGCUGCCGCUUGGAGGCUGGGCUGAGGAUGGCCAGCCCGCUCGACACCCAGAGCCUGUCCCAGAGGAGAGCUCGGAAGAUGAAUUGCCACCUCAGGUACACAAGGUACUGCCUGAUUCAUACUUCAGCACUGGCCAGGAAUGGACUGCAAAAUGAGAAGACUCUUGAGUGGCCUCCUGGCCUCUUAAGUGUAGCUGUGAAGGCUGAAGAUCUUACGGGUGCUCCAGACUCUGGGCUCACCUUGGCUGACGUGACAUUGGGUUACUCUGCCAGGCUAGCCAUGAGUUACUCAAGUGUCUACGUCUUGGACAUCAGUACCAGAGGGGAAAAGAUGUGAGGUCCACAGUGCCUUUGUGGUGGAUGGAACUUUAUCCAGACAUGCAUCAUGCCAGUGACACUCCAGCUGUGAAUAGGCUGGAGGUGUGUGUGUGUGUGUGAGAUUCCAUAUAUAUGUCCAUGUCUGCAUUCGUGUUGUCCAUGUUGGAAAAUCAUCUAAGACCUACAGAGAAGGAUGCAGAGCACACAAAACAGCAAGGAGAUUAGCAGGUGCUCGCCCUGCCUGAAGUGUUCCAUGGUGGGAGGAGAGGACCUGUUUAUGGACUAUUUAGUCAAUAGGUAGGGAACGAGCUGUAAUAAGCUGUGCAGACUGUAAUGCAAUUAAAGAUGCAAUCAGGAGAUCAAUUUGGACUCAGGAAAA